GAGGAGGGAGAGAUCGGAGGCGCCCCGCCCAGUCAGCAAGGUUGCGCGUGCCCCGUGCGACCGCCAAGAUGGUGGUGGGCGCGUUCCCUAUGGCGAAGCUGCUAUACCUGGGCAUUCGGCAGGUCAGCAAGCCGCUUGCUAACCGCAUUAAGGAGGCCGCCCGCCGAAGCGAGUUCUUCAAGACCUAUAUCUGCCUCCCGCCGGCUCAGCUGUACCACUGGGUGGAGAUGCGGACCAAGAUGCGCAUCAUGGGCUUCCGGGGCACAGUCAUCAAGCCGCUGAACGAGGACGCGGCCGCCGAGCUGGGCGCCGAGCUGCUGGGCGAGGCCACCAUCUUCGUCGUGGGCGGCGGCUGCCUGGUGCUGGAGUACUGGCGCCACCAGACGCACCAGCGUCACAAGGAGGAGGAGCAGCGCGCCGCCUGGGACGCGAUGCAGGACGAGGUGGGCCGCCUGGCGCUGGCGCUGGAGGCCCUGCAGGCGCAGAUGCAGGCGGCGCCGGCGCGUAGCGCCCUGGAGGAGCUACAAGAGCAGAUGCGAGAGGUGCGCGCCCAGCUCUGCGCCCGGGACCCGCCGCCCGCGUCCCAGGCCUCGUCCGCGUCCCAGGCGGUAUCCGCGGCCAAGGUACAGGAGUCUGCUCAAGUCUGAACUUGGCCGUGGUUGUGUGUGCCCCGAUGUGGCCUUCUCCCCGUGCUAGCCCCGCCUGCGCUGGCCCAGCGGAAGCCACCGGGAUCUUGAUGGAACUUGGAUUCAGUUAGCCUCUCCCCCCGGUACCUUCCGCGGGGGCCAGCCCCCCGCCGGUGAAGCGGUCCCACGAAGCGCCCUCCAAGCCCCAGCUCCUCGGUACAGACCACAGUGCUCAGCGCUCCACCCCAACCCCACAGCACACGGACCUGUGCCGUCCCAGCCAGGAAGACAACAGGCUCACUCUUCUGGCAGGAGGAGAAACGGACUGGACUUGAGCUGAAUCGAGCCGUGAACCCCCUCCAGCCCCCAUUUCCGUGAUAAAUGUUACCCUGCCCUGGGGCUCAUCCUUUUCCCUGGAACCUCGCCCCGCUUCCCUUGUGAAUUGGCACAGACCAUUGUACAGAAAUGCAGUGUCCCAGCAUCUAAGGUGGGCUCUGGCUGGGUUUCACCACUCUCUCUGAGGGGAAAGCUUGAACCACUGGAUGCUGUAUCUUCCCCCUUAACCUGAUCUGUGGCACCCUGCGAGACCCCAAGUGGAAUAUUCCAACAGAUCCCUACCCCCCAGUCCUUCAGUCUGGCACAACCUACUAGGAUGUCUGUGCAGGGUCCUCUCUGGCAGCACCCUCCCAUCACCCCCUCUGUGGUGGAAAAAUGGAUCCUGCCUAAGGCUAAAUCCAGCCUGUCCUUCAGCCUCAUCCCCCCGUUUAGCGGUUCUCCAAGUCCCUGAGCCUUUCCUGACAGGUCCUCCUCCGUGGCCUCUCAGUGCACUGCCACCACAUUCCUUGUGUUCCAUCCAGAUCGGCUGACCUGUGUACCCUUGCCCUUCUCUCCUGGGGCUCUGGGCCGGUCCAUCCGUCCCCCUUCACGCGGUGGUGCCCCCGUGCCUCCAGAGCCGUUGGCCUCACCUCCAUCCCACUAGACUAGGCCACCGGUUGGUCUUAACCGUUCUUAGUUUCCCAGGGCUACCAUAACAUGACCACAAACUUGAUGGCUUAAAACCAGAGAAAAGUGUUCUCUCGCAGUUCUGGAGGCCACAGAUCUAAAAUCAAAGACUCAGCAGGGCCAUGCUCCAUCCGAGGGCCCUGGGGGAAGAUACUUCCUUGCCUCUUCUAUCUUCUGGUGACUUCAAGCAUUCCUUGCCUUGUGGCUGCAGAUCUCUCGUCUCUGCCUCCAUCUUCAUGUGGCCUUCUCCUCGUGUCUCUCAUAAAGGCACUUGUCUUUGGAUUUAGGGCCCACCCUAAACCUAGGAUGAUCUCACUUCAGGAUUCUUAACUUAUUUACGGAGUUGUUUUUUUUUUUUCCCCAGAUACACUCACAGUCAGUCACAGGUUCCAUGGGUGUGGACAUAUCUCUUAGGGAGCCACCAUUCAACCCACUACACCUCCCCACCCCAAAGAGGACGCUGGGACCCUUGCAAACCCCAUGGGACAUGUGGCCUUCCCCACAGGCGUGAUAGGAACAAUCCUGGAACCAGCAUUUACUAUGGGGUGUCUCUUCCGGGGAUCUCACUGAUGCAGUGGGGGUAUAGCUCCCACCAGUCUGCAUUCUGUUCUGCAGACCGUCCAUGUUAUGUUGCCUGAAUAAAAGAGCCCCAGAAUGAGGAAGUCAUCUUUAGGAUGUGUCUGAGGACGUAGGGAUCUUCAAAAUGGGUACAAGCCUCGUUAAAAUUAGAGAAGCUGAUGUGUGAGUGGGCAGUGAUCCUAUGAACACUCUCCCUGUUGGGGAAGCUGAGGCCCAGGGAAGGCAAAGGGACUUGCCCAUGGCCAUGAAGCCAAUGAGGGACUCGCUGUCCAAGGUGGUGAAGUAAUCAGAGCAGAGUGGGGGGUCAGGGCUCAGGGAAGGAGAUGGAAAAGGGGUGCAGGGUGCUGGAGAGCACCGGUAGGGGAGAGGGGAGCAGGGAGGCAGUUACUGGGGAGGAGGGGUGGUUAGGGAUCUCCACAGAGGCCCAAGGCGUUUCCCAGAGGCAGCGUUGAGAGUGGGGGGGCCCUCAAUUUCCCGUCCAAGCAGCCCCAGACCACACCUGAAAUCUUUGCAUUUAAUGAAUGGGGUCAGAUCCAAGAUCCAUUCUACCUGGGUUGGGUUCCAAGAAGCUGUAGGUGAAGCGGGAGGGGCAGGCUUUCUCUCAACUCUUCAGUCCCUCACCUCACUGCCAGGGCUCCGGGAGGCUGGGGUGGGGGCAGGCGGGGUGAUCUGGACACAACACCUACCCAGACAGAAAACCAAGAAACUGGGGUCCUGAAAGAUCAUCUUAAUUCCUUCUAGAAGUGGGGGAGAAGCUGACUGUAGAGGGAGCUGAGGAGGUGGGUCCUGGGUGGAGGUGUCUUUAAAAUCGGAAGUGAGGGUGCGUGGGUGGCUCAGUCGGUUAAGCAUCUGCCUUUGGCACAGCCCAUGAUCCCAGGGUCCGGGGACCGAGCCCCGCAUCGGGCUCCCUGCUCAGUGCGGAGUCUGCUUCUCCCUCUCCUGCUCCCCCUGCUCGUGCUCUAAGUAAAAAUAAAUAAAAUAAAAUAAAAUCGGAAGUGACCUGAGUAGAUAAAUAAGAAGAUACCGAGAGAGAGCACUGGGGGAGGAGGGAUGGGCGGAGCCAGGUGAGAGGGCUCAGUGCCCAGUUUCCAUGGCUACUCCUGGGGGUGCCCUGUGGCACUGACCCAUCUCUGGAGCACAGGUUGCUGGAGGCUAAGCGACUGUGACGUACGCCCCUUCCCACCCAUCAUCUCAAUAAAUAGUGGCCAUUAACAGUAUUUUCUUCAUUUCUUUAAUGAGAAAAUUGAGGUACAAAAAGGGGGAGUCACCUGCCCAAGGACACACAGGCAAAAAAAGCGGAAGUGGGACCAGGAGCUGGACAGUCUUAUACCAGAGCCCAAGCUUCAAGCCCCUGCGCCAUCUUGACCCUGAUGUGGCAUUACUGUCACGUCCCAAUACUCCAAACUCAGCCCUGCGUGUCCCUCCGUGUGGCCAGACCUUGUGGGAUGCAUCGGCUUCACCCACUGGGUGGGUUCAGGGUGUGUGGAAAUGCAAAGAAUCCCCUCUCAAAAAGCAGGAGGCUGAGACCGAAGGAUGCUUCCUUACUCUGGUUUCCUACUAGCUAAAGUUGUGUAUACAUUUGCGACUUGGGGAGAGGGGUAGAAUAAAUUUAUAAACGAAGUUGGUUGUCUGCAA